AUGGAGUCUGGCUGCCAGCUUUGGCUGUGGGCAUUAUUUGUGCUCCUGGCUGCCCCACGGCCACUGUGUGCCCAGCGAGCCUGUCCCCAUGGCGCCUGCUACCCCCCUGCCGCUGACCUGCUGCUGGGACGAGCCCACCGCCUCCGCGCCUCCUCCACCUGUGGCCUCACCAAGCCUGAGACCUACUGCACGCCCCACGGAGAGUGGAGCAUGCGGUGCUGCCCCUCCGGGCGGCCGCACGCCUACAACGGCCACCGCGUGGAGAGCGUCCUGUCCCCCGCCGGGCACGCGCGCUGGUGGCAGUCCCAGAACGGUGUUGAACACGUCUCUCUGCAGCUGGACCUGGACCAGGCCUUCCAGCUCAGCAGCAUCCUGCUUCACUUCAGGUCACCACUGCCCGCUGCGAUGCUAAUUGAGCGCUCCACCGACUUCGGCAGGACCUGGCAGCCGUACCCGUACCCGGCCAGGCCCGCCCAGCCGUACCAGUACCUGGCCUCCGACUGCACCGCCGCCUUCCCCCGCAUCCCCCGCGGCUCCCCCGAGGGCUGGCAGGACGCUCGGUGCCAGGCGCUGCAGGGGUACCCUUUGCACGGGGGCAAGGUGAAAUUCAGCAUCCAGGACCUGGCGUCUACCAUCACUACCUCUUACAGCCAGACCGUCGAUAAGCUGGGGCAGUUCACCAACCUGCGGAUCAACUUCACCGAGCUGCCCCACAUCCCACGCCAGGGCUACCACUCGCCCAGCACCUUCUACGCCCUGACCGAGAUGCGAGUGUUGGGGAGCUGCUUCUGCCACGGACACAGUGACCGCUGUGCCCCUUCAGGAGAUCUGCAGACCACGGUCCAUGGGCACUGCGUGUGCCAGCACAACACGGCCGGGCCCAACUGUGACCGCUGCGCCGCCCUCUACAACGACCAGCCAUGGGCGCCCGCGGAGGACGACGACCCCCACGAGUGCCAGAGGUGCGACUGCAACGGUCACUCGGCGUCGUGCCACUUCGACCCAGAGCUGUACCGCGCCAGUGGAGGGGUGAGCGGGGGCGUCUGUGACGACUGCCAGCACAACACCGAAGGCACCAAUUGUGAGCGCUGCAAAACCAACUAUUUUCGCAACCAGCAACAAGAUCUCACCCAUCCCGAGGCCUGUUUGCCCUGUGAGUGCGACCCGGACGGCACCGUGCCGGGCUCCGUCUGCGAUGCACUGACAGGGCGCUGUGUCUGCAAGGAGAACGUGCAGGGCGACCGCUGCCACCUCUGCAAACCCGGCUUCGCCCAGCUGGCGCACGCCAACCCCACGGGGUGCCGCAGAUGCACCUGCAAUGUGCUGGGAUCGCGGCAGGACAUGCCCUGCAAUGACGAGACCGGGAGGUGCUUCUGCCUGCCCAACGUGGUGGGCACCGAGUGUGACCAGUGUGCAGCCGAGCACUGGGACAUGGGCAGCGGCCGGGGGUGUCGGCCCUGCAGCUGUGCCCCCCGCGGCUCCCGCAGCCCCCACUGCAACCAGUUCACAGGGCAGUGUCCGUGCAGGGAAGGCUUCACGGGACAGACGUGCUCUGCCGUGCAGGAGCAGGUUUGCUCGGACAGGCACUACGGAGAUGUCCGGGUUGGGUGCACAG